AAUUCUCGAGCACACUUUCUCACCACCUUAUAUAAACCCUAACCCCCAAUUCCCUCUCAAUUUCCCUCUUAUUUUCACUCAAAAAACGCCUCUUUCCCUCCUUCCCAUUUCAAAACCCUAACCCUAACCCUAAUUUCCCCCCAAAAAAAUGUUGGAACUACGUCUUGUUCAAGGAAGUUUGUUGAAGAAAGUUCUAGAAUCGGUUAAGGAUCUGGUCAACGAUGCGAACUUUGACUGUUCCGCUACAGGGUUUUCUCUUCAGGCCAUGGAUUCCAGCCACGUGGCACUGGUGGCUUUGCUUCUCCGAUCUGAGGGUUUUGAGCACUACAGAUGUGACCGUAAUAUUUCAAUGGGGAUGAACUUGGGUAACAUGGCCAAAAUGCUUAAAUGUGCUGGUAAUGAUGACAUCAUCACUAUUAAGGCUGAUGAUGGCAGUGAUACUGUUACUUUCAUGUUUGAAAGCCCCACCCAAGAUAAGAUUGCUGACUUUGAGAUGAAGCUAAUGGACAUUGACAGCGAGCAUCUUGGGAUUCCAGAAGCAGAGUACCAUGCUAUUGUUAGAAUGCCUUCUGCAGAGUUUGGUAGAAUUUGCAAAGACCUUAGCAGCAUUGGAGAUACAGUUGUUAUUUCGGUGACAAAGGAAGGUGUUAAAUUCUCAACCAGAGGUGACAUUGGUACUGCAAAUAUUGUUUGCAGGCAAAAUACCACUGUUGACAAGCCUGAAGAAGCCACUGUCAUAGAGAUGAAUGAGCCAGUAUCGUUGACGUUUGCUCUGAGAUACUUGAACUCCUUCACAAAAGCAUCUCCAUUGUCCAACACAGUGACUAUCAGCUUAUCUUCAGAGCUUCCUGUUGUUGUUGAGUACAAGAUUGCUGAGAUGGGCUAUGUAAGGUUUUACCUGGCACCUAAGAUAGAAGAGGAUGAAGAGGAAACCAAGCCUUGAUUUUAUGUUUUUGCUUUCUUUUGAGCCUGGUUUAGGAUGAUGUAAAAGCUCAUUUGAGGCUUCCAGGCAAGCAAGAGAGCAAGAAUAUAUGAGCUUAGACUUGCUUAGACUAUUUUUUAAGUUUGUGUUGAAUUAAUGAAAUCAUGUAUGUCCCUCUUUUUCCUUUA